AUGUCCAUAUAUUCAGUCUACAUAUUUUAUUUCUUUUUUCACUUGAUUGAAAAUAUCAUGGUCAUUCAUUAAAUGGGAUUCUUUGGCAAAAGAUUUAAUCAUAAAUUAUUAAAAAUUGUAUCUCAUACAUUUUGGACUUUUGGACUAAUAACUUAGCUAAUAUAUUAUUUCAAUAGACUUAGAUCAGCAUUUCGAAGAGAGUAAGAAAUGAAAUCUUAAAUCUAAAAUGGAAUGACCAAUGGAGAGUUUCUCGAAAAAUUAAAGUCCUAUUCUAAUGAAAGAUACUAAUAUGGAUUAUUAAUAUUAAGAAUUAUUGGUGAUCUAGCAUGCGCUAUGUAGAAAGCAUAGAUUCCAGAAAAAAUUUUACAUACUAGAUUUAAUAGAGGAUUAGUUGCUUGCGGAGGAUUAUUGAGUUCGACCAUUUAAAUAUGCAUAUAAGCAGCAAGAAUAAAUAAAAAAUAGAACUUUGUGGAAGUAUGA